AACAGCAGCAGCAACAUAGCUUUGCCAAUCAUCAGGCUUUCGCGAAUAUGUUGGAUCCACAACAGCAACAGCAGCAACAACAACAGCAGCAGCAACAACAGCAGCAGCAGCAGCAUCAACAUUAUCAGCACAAUAUGCAGCAGCAGCUGCAGCAACCUCAGCAGCCGCAAAUGCAUGUGAAUCACAUGGGUGGUGCUUCUGUGGUGACAGGCGAAUUUGACGACGACAUUAGCCGACACGUUGCUAGCGCGAUUGAUAGCAUACUGAACCUGCAGAACAGCGGCGAUUCGCUGCAGUUCUCAUUGGGCUCGUUCUUGGGCGACAGUAUACUAGACGAUCAACGGCAAGCGACAAACUUGCCCAGCUGCCAACAGGAGCAGGUGAAUAGCAGGCGCCGUCAGCUUGGCGAGGACAUGGGCGAUUGUCUAAUCAGUGGCGGUGGUGGCCCAGUUGUAAAUGCUGUGCCUGAUGCCACCGGCAACUUGUUGCUGGAUCAUCAUCACCAUCACCAUCAUCAACAGCAACAGCAGCAGCAGCUACUGCAAGGUCACCUGGGUCAACAGCAGCCGCAUCUGCAGCAUCAUACGCAACACCAUCAUGGCCUAUCGCAGACGCAGUCUCAGCAUCAUUCGCAGCUGAAUGACUUUAGCUGUGUGGCCGCUGGCCUGGACGAAGCCGUCAAGUCGAUUAUGACCUCUUGACUUGGGCUGCAAGCAGUCACAACAUCUGCAACCAAUGCGCCGCUAAGCACAGCAGCUGAGCUGCAGUCGGCGGCAACGGCAACAUUAGCCAACAGUCUUAUACUGGAAUUUAACGCCACCACCUUGUAAAGCUGCGCAAGGCAACACGACAUUGAUUGUACAUUAAACCCUUUAUUGCAUGUUAUUUGUUCUUUUUAGUUGUCCACUGUGCUGAAUGCUUUCGGCAACAGUUGCCACAUUUUUUCACCCUGCUCUGUACAAUUUAUUUGUUUAUUUUAGAUCUAAGUUGAAAGUGUAGCGUAAAUUGUAAUUAUUCUUGUUUUCGUUUUUAGUCCAAUGUGUUUGUACAAUAUUU